UUUGAAAUGAACGACUUAUUCUAAACUUAAUUGUUAAUUCAGUUUCUUCAAAAGUGUUUACUUAUGAAAAUGCAUACUCAACUAUCAUUCACAACGUUGUUUGUGAUUGUGUCUAUUCUUUAUACAGUUAUUGCGGAUUCUUGUAACAAUUCAUCUUGUGACUCGGUUAAGAUGCCUCUGCUUUCGAAUAGCUUGAAAGCUCCUCUGUUUGCUGAUUUUGACGUGUCUGCUUUAAACGAGCAACUAAAGGAUUAUAUCGAUCAAAACAUUAUUUCUAUAUUUACAAAAAAAGUGGAAGGCAUUGUUAGCAAAACGCAAAGCGAUAUGAAAACACAUAUGCUAAAGGAAUAUUCGUCAAAGUUGGGACAAUCGGAUGUGUUACAUGGUAAAACUUUUUCAAGAAUGUUCAAUGAGUUUGAACAGAGAUUUUUUAAUCUAUCUGAAAAACAAAGUGAAAAUGCGACUAAGUUAAUGACAGAUGUACAGGAAUGGAAAAUAGCUCUAAUAGAAACAAUGAAAGAACAUAGUGGAAAGCUACAGAAGUCUGAAAUUGCAUAUGAGAAUAAGUUAUCAGAAGUUAUCAAAAACUAUAAUGAUAGGUUUGCUCAGAUAUCAGAAGAAGCCACAAAAAAGCAAAGCGAUUUGCAAACAUAUAAGCUAAACAUGCUAAAGGAAUAUUCGUCAAAGUUGGAAAAAUCAGAAACAAAACAUGGUGAAACUUUAUCAAGGAUGUUCAAUGAGUUUGAACAAAGAUUUGUAAAUCUGUCAGAAAAACAAAGUGAAAAUGCGACUAAAUUAAUGACAGAUGUAAAGGAAUGGAAAACAACUCUGAUGCACUCCAUAAAAGAACAUAGUGGAAAGCUCCAGAAGUCUGAAAUUGCAUAUGAGAAUAAGUUAUCAGAAGAUCUCAAAAACUAUAAUGAUAGGUUUGCUCAGAUAUCAGAAGAAGCAACAAAACAGUUCUCUGACAUAAAGACAAAUCUAAAAGAAUGGCAAAACAAUCUGGUUACCGAUAAUGUGAAAUUAAUCUCAAAUAAUUUAACACAGUUUGCAAUAGAUAUGGAAAAAUGGAAAAAAAAUCUUACAGAAUCAUUAGUGGACAAGUUUCUGUCCAUGAAGCAGUGCAUUGGUACAAAUCAGAUAUAUUGGGAAAAGGACGGACUUAAUGACGAUACAAGCGUUUUCAGCAAAUUUUGUAACUAUGAUGUUGAUGGAGGUGGAUGGAUCGUAAUACAAAGACGACAAGAUAACCUUACUGAUUUUUAUAGAACUUGGUCAGACUAUAAAAAGGGGUUUGGAAGUCUGAAUGGCAGUUUUUGGUUAGGAAACGACAAUAUUCACAAACUCACGUCAAGUGGACGGUAUGAAUUACGAGUGGAUUUAAGUGACUGGGAAGGAGGAACAUGGUACGCUGUGUACAAGACGUUUAAAGUAGAAAACGAAUCAUCCAAAUACAAACUUACUGUUGGUGAUUACAGUGGCACAGCAGGUGAUAGUCUCAAGUCUCAUAAUUCGGAAAAGUUCUCUACAAAGGACCAAGACAAUGGCAGUGAUUACAAAGACUGUGCCCAAGUAGCACAAGGAGGAUGGUGGUAUAACAGUUGUCAUGAAUCAAAUCUAAACGGUAUCUACAAAAGAGGCAAAUCAGAUCAUUGGAACGUGGUUAGUUGGAGAGGAACAAAAGGAGACGAAUAUUCAUUAAAGUUUGCUCGCAUGAUGAUAAGGACAUAUUAAAUGUAAAAUGCACUGUUUACUUUCUACAUAUUGAAACAGGGAAAGACAUUACAUCUGACACGCAAAUGCAUAUAUUUGAAUUUGAAAGUUAUGAACUAUGGUCAGAACACGCGAUUUUUAUCUAAACAUUUCACAGUCCCUUUUUACGCAAUCAAUGGCGAAGAUAUUUAAUGUUGAACUUAUUUAUUUGUUAGUGGUUUUCGGAUCAGUGUAUAAACUUCCAGUUUGACAAAACAAGUGGAGGUUUACCGUUUAACAUCAUCUAAUUUGACCGUAGUAUUCAUUUCAUAAAUACUCUACUAGAGCAAUUUAGUUGACACUUAAAUUUUUCUAAUAGGUUUUUUAGUUGCUCAACACUUAGUGUCGUAGUCAUGUUUUUUUACUGAUUUUGUUAUAAUUUUUUUUUUGAUAUCUGAGGAUCACACCAUUUUGUGUAUUUUCAUCUGAAAUAUUUUUGAAUUUAUUUUUAAAUUAAUAUGGAAACAUGUUUACAAUUGUUAAGUUAGUCAGAUAUCAUUAUAUGGAUUGCGUUUAUGUUAUAUAACUUGUCAAAACAUAGACUUUUUUUAAUGAGCGAUUUUUCUUUUCCCCGGUUGCUGCACCAGGUCCUUCCACUGAACCGAACCAGGUCCUUCCACUGAACCUGGUGGUCGCAGUUGUAAAAAAUACAAAUAAGAAGUUCAUUAGUUUAAAUGUACUUUUGUCGUCAAUGUCUUCAUAUUUCAAAUUUGUUUGUGCAUUUGGGUUAUGUAAAAAAGUACUUUCAAUGUAUUUUCGGGAUAUUGUUUUCAAACCAUCAGAGGAAUUAACUGAUUUAAAGGUUAUUCCCAGCUCGUGCCAUUUGAGAUCGAUCAGGUAUAUUAAUGUAAAGAUCCUUGAUCCUUAAACCAUAUGUUCGAGAAGAAUUUAGCAAUUGAAAGAGUGUGUUCAGAGUAUAAUUCCUUGCUUUUGAAAAACGUUAAAAUAUUUUUAACUAGAUGGGAUGCCCGUCAGCCAACGUUUUGUUUUCGAUUGCUACCAUGUUUUGCUGAUGGCUUAUUUACCUUCUUUUGUGUUAUAUUUAAAUCUUAAUAUAUUAAUACUCAUAACAUGUUUGGUGUCAAAACGGUAAGACACUAUGUAUGAGUAAUCAAGAUACAUGUAUGAUAAGGGAGAUUGUGUGUUAACAACUAUAGCCUUACAGUACAUUACAUUUUAACGGAUGUCGCUCUUUUGUAAUGUUUGAUAAUUUUUGUAAUACAAUGUAUAACUGUUGUAAAUCAUGAAUUGUUGUUGUAAAUAAAGAGUUUAGCUGAA